AUGGUUAAAACUGUAGGAUCAAAAAGUAAAAGUUGGAAGGAGUUGCAGUCACGUAGGAGUUGUAGGUCUAUGCAUCGUGUUCAUGUUCCCAAACAACAUAAUGAAAGUAGUUUGAUGCAGGAUUCUUUGGCUGCCAGACAAAAUGCCAGGGAGACAGGCUACAAAAUAUUUAAUAAUAUGAGCGUUGACGACAAAACUGUUAUCUCAACAAUAUUUAAGGAUAAAGUGGUUGACAAGAGAGUCUUGGUUGAAGAGAACCCAAAAGAGAUACGAGACACGAUGCCUGUAGAUAGUAACAAAUUUGAUGAGGGGUACCAAAACUGUAGUUUUGGUAAUGAUAAAGACAAAACAAAAGAAUGGUCGUAUGUUCAUGAAGAACAAAGGAAACAACAUGAUCAUGGAAAUAAGAAUGUUCUAUGGAUGGAUGAUGAUCAAAAGAGUCAAAUGGAUCUUGGAAUCUCAGAGGCUGAAAGAACUAAAAGAUUGGAGUGUUUGAUGGAAAGAAGAUCAAGAAAGCUAUCAAAUUUUCAGAUUUUAAGAAAUGCAAUGGGAGUUGGAGUAGGAAAUAACAGCAGUAGUACAAUUUCAUCCCUUCACAUUCCCAAAAAGAAUCCAUUUCUUUCGAAAAAUCUAGACAAUAUGAAUUCACCUCGUCCUGGUUCAGCUCCUACAUAUUUGGUUAAGAACAACCCGUUUGACCUUCCUUAUGACCCACAUGAGGAAAAGCCGAUUCUUACAGGUGAUGAAUUUGAAGAAGAGUUCAUGACUACUCAUCAGAAAGAAGCGUUGCUCAGCAGGCAUGAACCUUCUAUUUUAGGGGAUCUUGCACCUCAAGAAUCCACAAGUUGUGAAAACGAAGAAUCUUUUGACAUUGAUUUCGCCUACAAGCAGUUGAGAAGACUGGGAACUUCAAAAGUAGGUAGGUCCAUUUGUCACAUUGUUCUAGAAGAUGGCAACAAACAGCCUCAAGAUAAAAUCUUGAUUUCCAAUGUUAUCAUUGACGAUAAACAUGCAAUAGCAGAAGGCGAAUCCUCUAGAAAAGGGGUUGAUGCAGUCAACAUUUCUGAUGAAAAUGUUGGAACUGAAACAUAUACCAAAGAAGAGGAGAUUCGCCAUGAUGUAGUCUCCAGUGAUCAAUCAACUUCAUCAUCUUCCUCAAGUGAUGAUGAACCGAUCUUAAGACCAAACAAAGAAGCAAUAUUGCAUUGUCUCAGUAUGUCCCGAAUGAGAAUGAUUUUGCAGGGAAAAAAUAUUCUUAGAAAUGCUGAAUCCUUCGACUGUGGUCCGUCUGCAUUGUUUGAAAAGUCAAAAACAGAUGGUUUCUUUUUUGCUGCCAAUAAGCAGAUUCAUCAUGGUUCAACAAACUCGCUUGCUUCUGAUAUGCAGGUAGAGGUCUCGGAACUUGAUUCACCUCGAUCAACGAACAUCUCAUCUUUAGAUGAAGAAGGUAAAAGAAGCCUUGUUAACUCAAGAUAUCCAUCUGAAAUGGAUCUAUAUGAAGCCAGAUUGAGAGAUAUAGAUGAAGUCAGUGAGCACGGAUUUAAUGAUCCACACCAUCUUGAAUCAACCAUUAAGCCAGAUAAGCACAAUGAACAAGGUGCUCAUUAUUUUACAGAAGAUAGACGAUUGACAGAGGAUCACAAAGAUAGUUGCACAAUACUAAAGCCCGAGUCAUCUACAGAUCAGGGCUUGUCAUCCAGAUUUAUUAAUGAGGUUCAAAAAUCAGAUGAUCGCACAAAUGUAGUUGCGUCAUUGGAUCAGCAGGUGCCUGAUAGGUUACCUUCAAGUCAGAAUGAUAAACCUUCACACACAUCAACUAAGUAACAAGUGUAUAUAGCUCCUGUUAUCAAAUAUUCAACCAGCAAUAUGGAUGACUUGACAUCAAGAACCAUCUAAUCAAGAACAAUCCCAUCUCAGAGACCCGGAUCAAAAAAGUUUUAGGUGCACAAUGAUAAAGACUUUGAAUUCAUCAGCUUUGUAAAAGAAAUAUCCAACAAACCACAUAUACAAGAUUCUUGACCAAGUUGUAAAGAAAAAGAGCACUUGGUAAUGCAAUGGUGCUUAGUUUUUUGUUGAUAAAAAAUGUAAUCUACUAAUCUAGACUCGAUAUACGAAUUUUUGGUGCUUGAAGCUUUAUCUCUAUAAGCG